CCACACAGGAAACCGAGGGCGUGUGUUAGACUAAGGACGCGCUGCCCAGGAUUCACAAGGGCCCGGUCUGCUCCAGGCAACAACAUAAUCUUAUUUCGGGGUCUGUUCUGCUUCCUCUGUUGUACCACAACAAACGUCCUUGGACGGCAUUUUCUCUCAGAUUUGAAGCCAAACUGAGGAAAUCUAAAUGCUGAGGUAGAUACAGCAGAACCUCUGGGACUGGACCGCACGGGCUAGAAACGAGCUCGACUGGAUUCUCCACAGGCCAUUAACCCGGCGCGGCUCUUUCGUGGCCUCGGCCUUUGCAGAGUUUACGAGCUGUAAAUUCAACACACGGACCUCCCUGCGGCUCUCGGUCCUCUCAUGUCCGAGGAAAGGUCUUUGCUGUGGUGAGCAAGGAGCCCAAACACAACGAAGCAGGAAGGAAAGUUUUGCACAGAGAGAAGAGAGAGGGAAAGCCGCGAAGAAAAGCGCGCUCCCCGGGAAUCCGGACAAGUAAACCACGAUAACAUUUUCAAGAUGGAAAGUCCUUCGGACUCAGCUGUGAUUUUACCUCGCACUCCACAGGGCUGUGCCAAUCUACCAUCUCCCCAUACAAGUAGUUCAAGAAAGCAACCUAUGAGUGCAACACUUAGAGAACGGUUGAGGAAAACUAGAUUUUCAUUCAAUUCCUGUUACAGUGUGGUAAAACGUCUUAAAGUAGAGAAUGAAGAAAACAAUCAGACCUUUCCAGAGAAACCAUCAUGUUCAACAGAAGAAAAUUGUUUGGAAUUUCAAGAUAAUUUUAAGCACAUAGACAGUGAAUUUGAAGAAAGUUCAUAUUUGAAAAAUACCAUCAAGAAUAUCAAUGCAUGUGAAUCUAAAUCACUUGAUACUGGCUCUUGUAGUGAUCUCCAGAAUGACUUUGAUGAGAAUCUUCCCCCAAAAGGAUUAAAUGAAGAAAAGGCAAAAUUGGUGAAACAGAUUCAGGAGAAAGAAGACCUUCUUAGGAGGCUAAAACUAGUCAAAAUGUAUAGAUCAAAGAAUGACCUGUCUCAGUUACAGUUGUUAAUAAAGAAGUGGAGAAGCUGUAGCCAACUGUUGCUUCAUGAGUUGCAGUCAGCUAUGUCUGAGGAGAACAAGAAACUCAGCCUUACUCAGUUGAUAGACUACUAUGGGUUAGAUGAUAAAUUAUUACACUACAACAGAAAUGAAGAAGAAUUUAUAGGUGUUUAAUUACUAAUUUUUUCUCCAGAAUAUCUUUGAGGAUGACAACUUAACAAAUACUUACACAUUUUAAAGGGAAGAUAUAAACCAUUAGGGCUUAAAAGAAGAUAUCUUGAUGAACAUCAAUUUAGGGUACUCUGUUAGAUAAAUAUGUAAGUUCUAAAAUGAAAAUUUAGUAUUUUGGAUAAUCUGUCAAAAAAUUUGACAUUUAAAGAUAUGUGAAAAAAAAUUACAUCAUGUUUUAAAACAUAAUUUGGGCAGUUUUGGAAGUCAGUUAUAUUGUUUUGUUUAUUAUAAAAAUGUUUUAUUUUAAAUGUUAAAAAGUAGUUCAGUCUGGUGAAUGACUAAACCUAAACUGGUCUAAAAUGCCUGCCUGUCUCCUUAGUUUAUGAACCUUGUUUCCAUCAAUUUACCACAUAUUUCCAUCUGUAUGGUCUAUUAGGUAAUUACUAGUAAACUCGUAUGUCCAAAAUUA